CUGGCAGUGCCAGAGUAAAGACGAGUCGGGAUUCGCAGCCCCCCCGCUGGGGCCGGUGGGGUGGCGGGGGGGUGAUACGACACAGCCCCCAAAGGCCACAUGGACGCCAUGGUGCUGCAGGUGCGGCGCAGCCUUGCCUUCCUGGUGGAGCGAUACUCUGGGAUCAGAGGCAUUUACCUGUGUGGACACUCAGCAGGGGCACACUUGGCAGCCAUGGUGUUGUCCACGGACUGGACGGAAUAUGGAGUGGCACCGGAUAUCAAAGGAGCUGUGCUGGUGAGCGGCGUGUACGACCUUGAGCCCAUCCUGCACACCUAUGUGAACGAUGCGCUGAACAUGAGCCGGGAGGUCGCCCAGAGGAACAGCCCCAUGCUGUGCGUCACCCCAGCAGUGCCUGCGGCUGCGGCCUGCGAGGUGCUCGUGGCUGUGGCCCAGCACGACUCCCCGGAGUUUCGCAGGCAGUCGCAGGAGUAUGGCCAGGCCCUGCGCACAGCCGGCUGGUCCGUCUCCCUGCUGGAUCUCGCCGGCGUGGAUCACUUUGACAUCAUUGAGAAGCUGUCGGAGGAGAGCUAUGUCCUCACUCAGGUGAUUCUGAACAUGAUUUCAAGAGCUUGAUGGCGUGUCGGGAGCAAACUGAGAUGGGAACCACAGUCCUGCGUGGUGGCGACAGGCAGCCGGCGUGCACCCUGUCCUGCUGCCCUCCUCGCUCCAGCCCGCUGGGUCUCCUCCUGCAGCACAGGGCGGCUGCCGCCUCCGAACACCCUCUGUGCCUGCUCCACUCCUUCCAGCCUGCAGCCAGGCGGGGGGGGGGGGGGGGGGGGCGCUCAGAGCAGGGGAGCACCAGUUAUCACUGAUUCUCGCCUGGGCUGGUGUUCCUUUGCAGGGUGUUUCUGCCCAUCCGGAGAGCGUGCAGGGCUGGCAGGCCUGCAGGGCUCGCUCUGGACGACCGGGUGAUGAAGUUUGUUCCCUCAAUUUCCUUUCAACUGCUUAUUGCCAAUACAAAAUAAAACAGGAAU